UCCUCUGGCAGUAACGUGAACGUCGGGUGGUGGAGCCUGAUUGAAGCGGCUCACAGAAGAAACUACAGCAGAAGGAAACACACUCUGUUGGCGUUAGUUGCUCAAUUUCAGCAGAGCAUUCCCUUUAAAAUGGCGUACAACAGUCCGUACCGAGCUGCGCCGCAAGUCAACGUGCCUCCGGACCAGACUUUUCUGUGGAAUAUCUUCCAGAGGGUGGACAAGGACCGGAGUGGAACGAUAUCAGACUCAGAGCUUCAGCAGGCCUUAUCGAAUGGCACAUGGACUCCAUUCAACCCAGUGACGGUGCGCUCCAUCAUCUCCAUGUUCGACAGGGAAAAUAAAGGCGGGGUGAGCUUCAACGAGUUUGCCGGCGUGUGGAAGUACAUCACAGACUGGCAGAACAUCUUCAGGAACUACGACAGGGACAACUCGGGCUUCAUCGAUAAGACCGAGCUCAAGCAGGCGCUCUCUGGAUUUGGUGAGACACAAAGUUAUCGUCUAUCAGAACAGUUCUACUGCACGCUGAUAGAGAAGUUUGACCGCCAGAGGAAGGGACAGGUUGCCUUCGAUGACUUCAUCCAGUGCUGCAUCGUACUACAGAGGUUGACCGACGUGUUCAGGCGAUACGAUACAGACCAGGAUGGCUGGAUCCAGGUUUCAUAUGAACAGUAUCUUUCCAUGGUCUUCAACAUUGUAUAACGCACACGGAUCGCCACAAAAGAGCACAACUGGACACAACUGUGCCAAAGCUACCCGGCAACUCCCAGAUCUUUGUCUACGGUGGAAACUACAAGAUUCUUUUAAACAAAAUUUGAAGCCCUAGUUACAGGUUAAUUUCAUACAAAACGUUAUGAAAUGAAUACAGAAAAGCUUAAAGCAGCCUUCAGUUCUUUUAUGGUUGCAAUACUCCCAGUGUUUGGAGGUAUGUCUACAAUUCUUAAUUUAUUAAAAAAAUCUUGUAGUGUUUUAUUUGAUGACGUAUCGGAUCUACAUCUGCGUUGGGGAACAUUAUGGACUCUUUCUGUCUGUCAGUCUGUCUGUAAUUGUCGGAAUACUUUUUAUCGUCUUAACUUUAAUUGAUUCAAUUAAAAAAAAAAAAUCUGUUGACAGGAAAAUAAUGCAUUGUAAAUAUGAUUUAAGAUGCAUUGCAUGCUUUUCAGGGAAAUUUAUCCCCACGUUGAAGCAUGCUUUCCCUUUCUCUUGUCUUUUCCUCAGCCCUAUUUUGCUCCAAGCCAUGUUUACAAAAACAGUGAAAGCAGUUGAGUUCUGCCUCGAGAUUCACUGACAUGCCAGCUUACAUGCCAUAUUUGUACAAACUUAUUUUUAACUGCAAAAUCUUAAACUGUUAGGACAUAUCAUUUUUGGUAGAGGGUAAGCAUAAUGCCUUUACUUUAGCUUACUUUGUUUGUGCAUGAUGCCUUAAAAUGUGUAAAAAUAACACAAAAGAUAAAUCUUUUAUUAAAAAAAUGAAAGAAAAGU